ACAGGAGCUACAGUUUAUAAUGAAAAACCCUACAUCUACAACCAAAAGGACAAUAAAUGCUACUAUGGUGGUCUUGAACCUUCAGCUACCUGGGAUAUAACAGAUAAUUGUUCAUCAACAAAUAUACAAUUUUCUAGCUGGACAACCUUGGGAAACUUCAUUAUGGUGACUGGGGGUCAUAAUGGAUUCAGUGCGACAGAUAAAAUUGAAAGAUAUGAUGGAAACACCUGGAAAACUCUGGAAAACAAACUUACUUCCCCAAGAGAAUCUCACUGUUCUGUAGCAAUAAGUAAAACUGAAAUGAUUGUGAUCGGAGGAUUUGGUGGAACUACUUUUCUGACAACUGUGGAGAAGUAUGAAAGUGAUGGAUUAAUUAUUAAAACCCUUCAAAGCAUGGCAAUAUAUAGACAAAAUCCAGGAUGUACUAUUUACAACAACAAACUGUAUGUAGCUGGAGGAAUAGGAGCAGGAGGAGUACUUACUGAUGUUGAAGUAUACAAUAUGGAAACUGACAAAUGGAAACCAAUCAACAAGAUGAAUAAUGCAAGAGCAAUGCCUGCUUUAUUUGUUCAAAAUAAUAGAUUGACAGUGCUUGGAGGUAAUGGUGCUGUUAGAUCUAUUGAAUAUUUAGAUGAAAAUGGGAUGUGGGAAAAGUCUCCUGAUCCUCUUGAAAAAGAUUUUGAAAUUGGAGUUUCAGUUGAAGUUAAAUGUCCAGCCUAAAUAGGAUUUUAAGGGACAGUAGAAACUUAAAUUGCGUUUUUCAAAUUAAAACUCUUUAGUGGGUAAUAACAAUUUUAUGAUUAGAAAUAAAAACAAAUACAGCAUUUUAAAUAUUAAGUCCGAUUUGCUUUUCCACAUAAAUAUUUGCACAUCUAGUUUUUGGUUUUUAAUCAAUGAUGUUGAUUUGACUACUAAUUAGAAUUUCUUACUUUUCACAUUUUGAUAAUGAUUGGGGUUUUUAGACAUUGUGUUUUACGCCAAUUAUUUCAAAAGUUUUUGUAAUGAUAACUGAACAAAAACGUUUUGAUAUUAUUUGGUGUAUUUUGGCAACAGAAUCAGUCAGACUUCUUGACUAAGAAGUUUGAAAAGGGUUGGCAAAAAAACAGUUGAACCAAAAUUGAAAAUAUCAAUAUUCUUAUUUUUACACUUCUUGUUUGAUUUAUAUUUAAUUAAAUGCAAUUUAUUAUGUUUUUAGAUUUAAGGUUAUUAUUUAUAUGCACAUAGAAGCACGACAAGCUAAAAAUUUGCUGCAAAUUAUAUUUUAUAGAUUAGUUUUUAAAUAAAAGAAGAGCUUGAACUACCAUGA